AUGGAAGAACCCAUCGCCAGACUGCGCCUCGGCGAAUUUGAGCUCGGGCAAACGAUCGGCACUGGCACUUUCGGAAAAGUGAAAGUGGCCGUUAGCACCAAGACUGGCAUGACAGUGGCUGUGAAGAUCAUCAGCCAUUCGAUCAUCAAGCGCCUCGACAUGGCCAAGAAGAUUCGGCGUGAGAUCGAGAACAUGUCGCGCUUUUCACACCCGCACAUCAUCCAACUGUACGGCGUCGUCUCCACACCGAGCGACAUCUUCAUGGUGAUGGAGUACGCGUCUGGUGGCGAGCUUUUCGAUUACAUCACGAAGCACGGACAGUUAGCUCCAGAGGAGGCCAGACGCUUCUUUCAACAAAUCAUCGCUGGCGUCAACUAUUGCCACAAGCAUCUAGUCGUGCACCGGGAUCUCAAGCCUGAAAACUUGCUUCUGGAUCAGUAUAACAACGUGAAGAUUGCUGAUUUCGGCCUUUCGAAUAUGAUGCAUGAUGGCGAUUUUUUGAGGACGAGUUGCGGCUCGCCAAAUUAUGCCGCGCCGGAAGUACUAUGUGGAAAUUUCUACUGCGGCCCAGAAGUGGAUAUCUGGUCGUGCGGAGUGAUCCUGUACGCGCUGUUGGCGGGCACUUUACCCUUUGAUGACGAUUCGAUUCAUGCGCUAUUCAAGAAGAUCAAAGCCGGAAUCUACUUCAUCCCGACGCAUUUCGACGAUGAAGUGAGCAACCUGCUGCAGAUGAUGCUUCAAGUGGAUCCGAUGAAGCGCGCAACAAUGCAGGACAUUAUUGGCCACGAAUGGUUCACCACAGACCUCGCGAGCUGUCUGUUCCCGAAUUCUAACGAGACGUCCAACAUUGUCGAUGUCAGCGUCAUCGAGGAACUUUCGAAGUUGUACCACAUGCCCGAGGCCGAGAUCACUACAGCUCUCUUAGCAAACGAGGCCAAUGAUAUUUCGCAAGCUUACGACGAACUGAUCAAGGUCAAACGGGCAGUCUCUGAUCAGCAAAGCCCGAGCACCAGAAACAACUCGCUUCAUCUUGACCUUGGCUUGGCCGGUCUUUCCCUGUUCGGCGUCGGCUCCCCAGGGAGCAACAGCUCCUCGUACUCUACGCCCAGACCAAGAUUGGACGCGAGCCCGCUAAGCGAGCCGCUCGCCUCACCUGCCCGAAGCACGCGCAAGGCGGCCAAAUGGCAUCUGGGCAUCCGGAGUCACGCCAAGCCACAUGAAAUCAUGGGCGAGCUCUUCCAAGCGCUGAAGCGCCUCGACUACGAGUGGAUUAUCGUCGACCCGUACCACGUGGUAGUGCGCAAGAAGAUGCGCCCCGGCAUGAGCAAGGCGCCGAAUAUCGGACUGCAACUUUACGAGUUCCGCUCAAGCUACUAUCUGCUCGACUUCAAAAGCUUGGUUGAAGAAUCGAACUCCCCAACUUCAACGGAGCAGUCGUCCCCCUCCGACUCGAUGGUCGACUUUGAGGGCUUGGAUGUGAAGGAGUUGCAGGAUGACAUCUCGGCCUACAUCACCCCCCGCGGAUCCACGCUGCCCUUCUUCGAGAUGUGCACUGAGCUGCUGUCACAAUUGAUCAAG